UGUGCCUAUUGCUUCUUACUUUGUCAGCAUGAGACCUGGAUGGCUUUGUUAUAGGAGAGAUUGCUCUAUAGUUUUGGAGGGGUAUAACCCUAAUAGAGCAGCACGACAAUUUGGUUUUGUUCAGGCCACUCACUUGGAUGGACUUCCAGCACUUCCUGGGGUGAUAGAUCGUCGCCAAUUGAGCUCUCUUUCAUUUUCAGUUUGUCUUGAGGUGGCUUCCAUGACUUGGGCUUUUCUCCUUCGACUUGGGACAGGUUCUAGCUUUUGUAUAGCACCCGUAGAUUCUCCUACUGGUAUUUCACACUUGCGACUGGUCUGGAUUCGUCACACAUUUUCUUCCUUCUUUGAGCUGGGCUUUCAGAGAUAUAGUAGGAGGGUCAGGGGAUCUAGACACCCGAGGGAUUUUCUAGAGUCAAGAGACUGUGCCCCAGUAUAUGCAGAGUCAUUUAAAGUUCGUGGUAGGAGAAGGAGGAGGAGCCCUGAACCUUCUGCCAGAUGUGAUGACCCCGCCCUUUCGUAUGGACGUAGGCCGCUUUCUCCUUCUUUUGAUAGGGGUCGGCCUAGGAGCAAGACAUUAUACGAGCAGACAUCAUCCUGGCAAGCUCCUGCUGAUGCACCGGACAUUUCACAUACUCUUUCGGUCUCUCCCACUUUAGAGCCAGAAGGCUUAGAUACUGCACAUGCUUUUAUGGAUUUACAUACAUUCCCUUUUAGUGAUACAGGUGGUAGGCUUUCUCCUGAGCUACAGCUUAGUGGACUUACACCUGCUUCACCAGCUCCUUACACCAAUUUGAGUCAGGCAUUGAGCAUAGGUAGCUCUUCACAUCAGCCGUCAUCGAGUGACUUGCAUAUAGGAGAUCACUCAAGCACUGAGAUCCCAUCUAUCACCGUUACUGCUUUUGGUGAUGUUGAAGAUCACACCGCCGGUAGUCCUAGUGGACUUGUUGUGGAGCUGGUUGUUUCGUCUCCUACUCUUUCAGAUUCUACUUGGGUAGUCGUUGGUGACUCGUUGGGAGAGCUUUCACUUGAUGAUCAAUGUACUUGUAGUGGCUCUACCCAGUUACUACCCAGGAGUGAUGCCGAUGACACCACGACGGAGCUAGUCACCCACCCUUCCUUGACUCAGGUGGUCUCAGAUUGUUCUUCAGGGAGUUCUUCACCAGACGUUACCUCCCACCAGAGUGGUUGGCGAUCUGUAGCUUCUAUAGAGGACUCUCACCUUUCAGGUUUAGAGCUUUCAUGUUUCGAGUCAAGAUCUGUGUUUCGAGCUCAUCGCUCUUUUAGUCAGCGGUGGCUAAGAGGAGAGCAGUAUGCCGUUACUGCGCUACGAGUUUUACUACGGCGAGUAGACCUUAAUGCUUUACCAGACUUGUUUAGUUUUCAUAUGGAGGCCUACUUACUUUUGGACUUUGCUGCCUCCUGUGGUCUACGAGAUAGCCUUUUGCAGAUGUGGGAGCUUUCCUAUCUCACUGUUGAGUUCGGGUUACUUCAGCUAGACUAUGCUUCUCGGAGGUUGUCUUACAUAAUUCUUGCUGAUUUAGAGGCUGAGGCCCGAGCUACUUGGGAUAGGAUGAGGAGAGCUCGUUUUGAUCUAGAUUUUGGAUUACAAAAUUUGCAUCACUGUCAGCAGGACAUUUCUGGGGAGCAGAUGGUGCUUAUGGGUAUAGAAGCUGAACUCAGAGCUUUGAAAUUGAGGGAGAGAGUUCUUCUAGAGAGACGUGAGGAGGUUAGAGCAGUGGCUACCCAUACCGAGGAGGACUUUUCUUUGAUAGCUUCCGAGGUCAAGCAUUUGGAGGAUAAAUUUUCUUUUUUCACUGAGGAGUUUGACUCGGCUCGUCGUCGGUUGGAGCUCGCACAGGAGCAGCGAGCGAUAUUGCAGGAUCGUUUAUUCAGAGUUAGACAUCAGAUCAGCAACAUUCAAUUCAGACUUUGACAGCUUCAUUACCACAUUCAUGGUAUUUAUGCAUAUAUUUAUUUAUAAUUAUGCAUUAAUUUUAUAGUUUCUUUUCUUCUUCCUUUUUAUUAUUAUUAUUAUUCUUUUUAUAGCUCGACCCUUAGGUUUGUGAGCAUAAGAACUUAGCAGUUCAGCCCUUAGGCUUAUUAAACUAAUGAAUUCUAGC